UCUACUUUUGCUUAUUAGAGUACGGCUCUAGCCCAAACAAAUCACAGAGUCCAAACCCCAAACACGCCUUUAAAUCACAGUCUCUAUGCCCUUAAAUAGGGUUUAAGAACACACAGACCAAAAAAAAGAAAAAAAAAUCAUCAAUCAACACAAACACAAAAUUCCUCCGGUGAACUCCCUGCGAAGAUGGCGAACUUAACCUUAACCGGGAUCCUCGAGAAGAUGACGGGAAAGGACAAAGAUUACAGAUACAUGGCCACCUCCGAUUUGCUAAAUGAAUUGAACAAAGAGGGAUUCAAAAUUGAUAUUGAUCUCGAAGCCAAAUUGUCCAACAUUGUCAUUCAACAGCUUGACGAUGCUGCUGGCGAUGUUUCUGGACUAGCUGUCAAGUGUCUCGCUCCAUUGGUGAAGAAAGUUCGUGAGCAGCAGGUUCUUGAAAUGACUAACAAGCUUUGUGAUAAGUUGCUUAACGGGAAAGAGCAGAACCGGGACAUUGCGAGCAUUGCUCUGAAGACAAUUGUUGCUGAAGUUCCUACCUCUUCUGUUGCACAGUCUGUUCUUGUAUCUAUUUCACCGAAGUUGAUACGAGGAAUAACGACACAGGGAAUGAGCACAGAAAUCAAAUGUGAAUCUCUUGAUAUUCUUUGUGAUGUACUGCACAAAUAUGGUAACCUACUGGUAUCAGAUCAUGAGGUAUUAUUAGGUGCAUUGUUGCCCCAGUUGAGUAUUAAUCAAGCAAGUGUCAGAAAGAGGGCCGUUUCAUGUAUUGCAUCUCUCGCGUCGAGUUUGUCAGAUGAUUUGCUGGCAAAGGCUACCAUUGAAGUUGUUCGGCUUUUAAGAAAUCCUGCGAUAAAAUCUGAAACUACACGAACAAACAUUCAGAUGAUAGGGGCUUUAAGCCGUGCUGUUGGCUACCGCUUUGGUCCGCAUCUUGGAGAUGCAGUUCCAAUUCUAAUCAACUACUGUAAGAAUGCUUCUGAGAAUGAUGAAGAGCUUCGUGAGUAUAGCUUGCAGGCCUUAGAAAGCUUUUUGCUGAGGUGUCCCAGGGAUAUUUCUCCCCACUGCAACCAAAUUUUACAUCUCACUUUGGAAUUUCUUAGCCAUGAUCCGAAUUUCACUGAUAACAUGGAGGAAGACACGGAUGAUGAGAGUUAUGCAGAAGAGGAAGAUGAUGAGAGCGCUAAUGAGUACACAGAUGAUGAAGAUGUCAGUUGGAAAGUUCGGAGAGCUGCUGCCAAAUGCUUAGCCGCAUUAAUUGUUUCUCGGUCUGAGAUGCUCUCCAGGCUAUAUGAAGAGGCUUGCCCAAAGUUGAUUGAUAGGUUUAAAGAAAGGGAAGAGAACGUCAAGAUGGACGUCUUCAAUACAUUUGUUGAGCUACUCAGACAAACAGGAAAUGUUACAAAAGGCCAGACUGAUUUUGAUGAAUCAAGUCCCAGAUACCUAUUGAAGCAAGAGGUUCCAAAGAUUAUUCGUGCUGUAAAUAAGCAGCUACGUGAAAAAUCUAUCAAGACAAAGGUUGGGGCCUUCUCAGUUUUGAAAGAGCUGGUAAUUGUUUUACCUGAUUGCCUUGCGGACCACAUUGGAUCUCUUACUCCUGGAAUCGAGAAAGCACUUUGUGACAAAUCAUCUACCUCAAAUUUAAAGAUUGAGGCGCUUGUUUUUACGAGAUUAGUGUUAGUCUCACAUGCUCCUUCUGUUUUCCAUCCCUACAUCAAGGCGAUUUCAGCCCCAGUUAUAUCUUCUGUCGGUGAAAGGUAUUACAAAGUUACUGCAGAGGCAUUAAGAGUCUGUGGAGAACUUGUUCGUGUUGUUCGACCAAAUAUUGAGGAUCAUGGUUUUGACUUCAAACCCUAUGUCCGUCCUAUAUACAAAGCCAUCAUGUCACGCUUGACAAACCAAGAUCAAGAUCAGGAAGUGAAAGAAUGCGCCAUUUCUUGUAUGGGGCUUGUGGUUUCUACAUUUGGUGAUCAUCUUGUGGGGGAACUACCUGCAUGCCUUCCUGUGCUUGUGGAUCGAAUGGGAAAUGAGAUAACUCGUCUUACAGCUGUGAAGGCUUUUGCUGUUAUUGCCGCUUCUCCCCUGCACCUCGAUCUAUCUUGCAUUUUAGAACAUGUAAUUUCGGAGCUGACUGCAUUCCUGCGUAAGGCCAAUCGAGCAUUAAGACAGGCUACCCUAGGGACGCUAAACACACUAAUUGUUGGCUAUGGUGAUAAAAUUGGUCCAGCUGCUUACGAAGUCAUUGUUGUUGAACUUUCAACUCUGAUAAGUGACUCGGACUUGCAUAUGGCUGCUCUAGCUCUGGAAUUAUGCUGUACAUUAAUGGCUGAUAAAAGAUCUGGUCCAAAUGUUGGUUUGACUGUCAGAAACAAAGUUUUGCCCCAAGCACUGACUCUAAUCGGAAGCUCACUGCUUCAGGGGCAAGCCCUUCUGGCACUGCAGAACUUCUUUGGUGCCCUGGUUUAUUCAGCAAACACGAGCUUUGACGUCCUGCUGGACUCACUGCUUUCAACUGCAAAACCAUCAGCCCAGUCUGGUGCUGUUGCGAAACAAGCUUUAUUCUCCAUUGCGCAAUGUGUGGCUGUCCUCUGCCUUGCUGCAGGCGAUAAAAAGUGUUCCUCUACCGUAGCUAUGCUUACAGAUAUCCUGAAAGCUGAUAGCAGCACCAAUUCGGCCAAGCAACAUCUUUCCCUGCUGUGCUUGGGGGAGAUCGGCAGGAGAAAAGAUCUGAGCUCUCAUGACCAUAUCGAGAAUAUUGUUAUCGACUCCUUCCAGUCACCUUUCGAAGAAAUAAAAUCUGCUGCGUCUUAUGCACUAGGAAAUAUUGCUGUUGGCAAUUUACCAAAGUAUUUGCCAUUUAUCUUGGACAAAAUUGAUAAUCAACAGAAAAAGCAAUACCUGUUGCUUCAUUCCCUGAAGGAGGUCAUUGUAAGACAAUCUGUUGAGAAAGCAGAAUUUGACAAUUCUAGUGUCGAAAAGAUCACUAGUUUGCUCUUUAAUCACUGUGAAAGUGAGGAGGAAGGAGUUCGCAAUGUGGUAGCCGAGUGUUUGGGAAAAAUUGCCCUUAUUGAACCUGGGAAACUUGUUCCUGCACUCAAGGAGAGGAUAUCCAAUCCUGCAGCUUUCACCCGAGCAACAGUUGUAAUUGCGGUGAAAUAUUCUAUUGUUGAGCGGCAAGAGAAAAUAGAUGAAAUUUUGUACCCCGAGAUUUCAUCUUUCUUGAUGCUUAUCAGGGAUCAUGAUCGGCAUGUGAGGCGUGCCUCUGUAUUGGCCUUGAGUACUGCAGCUCAUAACAAGCCUAUCCUGAUAAAGGGCCUGCUUCCAGAACUAUUGCCACUUCUUUAUGACCAAACAGUUAUAAAGAAAGAAUUGAUCAGGACAGUGGAUUUAGGUCCGUUCAAGCACACAGUAGACGACGGGCUUGAAUUGAGGAAAGCCGCUUUUGAAUGCGUCGACACUUUGUUGGACAGCUGUCUUGAUCAAGUGAAUCCAUCGUCUUUUAUUGUUCCAUUCCUUUUAUCUGGUUUAGAUGAUCACUAUGAUGUUAAAAUGCCAUGUCAUCUUAUCCUUUCGAAGUUAUCCGACAAGUGUCCAUCCGCUGUGUUGGCAGUAUUGGAUUCUUUGGUGGACCCUCUCCAGAAAACCAUCAAUUUUAGGCCCAAGCAAGAUGCAGUCAAGCAAGAAAUUGACCGUAACGAAGACAUGAUCCGGAGUGCCCUCCGUGCAAUUGCAUCCUUGAAUCGUAUAAGUGGAGGAGAUUGUAGUCACAAGUUCAAGAAUCUCAUGAGUGAAAUUGCGAAAUCCCACACACUAUCGGAGAAAUACUCUUCUAUCAGAAACGAGUGAGAGUUGUUUUGAUGUUCUGGAACCUUGUUGUUAAACAUGUUUUUGAUAUUUAAAUGGGACCGGAAAUGUUUUUAUAGUGAUGGAAAAAAAAGGGGUUAAAUGGGAGUAAUAUACCGAACAGAAUGCCGUGCCGGACUAGUGAGUGAACCGAACCAACUUGUACAGCAUCCUUUUUCCAGAUGCUCUGUUUUUCGAUUCCAUUGGCUGAUGCUAUGUUGUAAAUUUGGAGAAGAUGCGAUUUUUAAUUGAAUUCCAUUAAUGUUAUUGGUUAUUUUUAAGGUUA